UUCUUCUUCUUCCUCUCAUUUUCUGCUCUGAGAAGCGCCUUUUCGCUCCUCUCUCCCGAUCGCUGCCUCAGGUUGAAUUUGCUCUGUGCGUAUUCAACAUGUUUCUUUUUAAACGAAGGGGCUCCCAAAACAAUGGUGAAAUCGAUGAUUCUUCACAGCAGGAUGCGAAGAUCAAUGAACUAAGAACGGCACUCGGGCAUCUAUCCGGUCAUAGUUUAAAGUACUGUGAUGAUGCAUGCCUUCGGAGAUAUUUGGUAGCUCGGAAUUGGGAUGUUCACAAGUCAAAGAAAAUGCUGGAUGACUCACUCAAAUGGAGGGCAACUUAUAAGCCAGAGGAAAUCAGAUGGCACGAAGUGGCACAUGAAGGUGAAACGGGCAAAUCUUUUAGAGCAAAUUUCUACGAUCGUUUUGGUCGAACUGUGCUCAUAUCCAGGCCUGGGAUGCAGAAUACAAACUCGCCAGAAGACAAUGUCCGGCAUGUAGUGUAUGUUUUGGAGAACACCAUUAUGAACCUUCGCGAUGGCCAAGAACAGAUAUCGUGGCUGAUAGACUUUACUGGAUUUACAAUAAACACCAACAUCUCUGUCAAAGCAGCACGGGGGAUAAUUAACAUACUGCAGAGCCACUAUCCAGAAAGGCUUGCUAUUUCCUUUCUCUACAAUCCUCCAAGAAUCUUUCAAGCCUUCUGGAAGGCUAUCGAGUACUUUAUUGACUCAAAGACCGCUCAGAAAGUACACUUUCUAUACCCCAACAACCAGAACAGUGUAGAGCUAAUGAAAUCUUUCUUCGACAUGGAAAACCUUCCAAGUGUAUUUGGGGGGAAAGCCACUCUAACUUACGACCAUGAAGAGUUCUCAAAAAUGAUGGCAAUAGACGACCUGAAAACCGCCAAGUUUUGGGAGUUCAGCGACAAGCCUUGCCGCCAUAUGAACGGACAUUCAGGCCCAGAGGUGGCACCGGAAGAGCCAAUGCCCAUCUCAGUUUCAUCAGCUUAGAAGGGUCUGUCUCAUUCUUUGGAUCUCUAAUUUGCAUGAACUAAGUUUAGUCCUGGCAUUAUGUUUAAACCCUUUUUUCAGAUCAGAAAUAAGUGAUGAACCAUAAACAGAAGCUUUUGAUCAAAUUUCUCUUUUCAUAGCCAGAAUAGAUGUAAAUUACCUUGAAAUGAUGCAAUAUUGAACCAAUGGGCAGAGAAUAAUGACAGAAAUUCAGAGUUUCUAAUUGGCUAA